CCCGGUUGCACAAACAAAUCAGACUCUCAGAAGACCCGGAAGAAGUCUCGUUUUUCUCACAGAAAGCUCUUUCUUGCAGAAAGAUGUCAUUUCUCGAACUUUUGAGCAAAGGAAUUCCCCUUAGCCCCCUGCCACCUCCGAAACCCAGGGAUGAGUCCGUGCCUCAUGCUCCUGUUCGAAAUACGCACUUGACAUUCGAAGAAGAACAGCUGGCAGUCAAAAAUAGCCUCCGCUAUUUCCCCAGUCACCUUCACCAUGAGUUAGCCUCGGAGUUUGCAAAAGAGUUAAGACAUUAUGGUCACAUCUACAUGUACCGCUUUCGACCCGAGUUUGAAAUGAGGGCUUAUCCUUUGGAUGAAUAUCCAACGCAGUGUAGAGAAGCUGCUGCAAUAAUGCUCAUGAUUAUGAAUAACCUCGAUCCCAAAGUGGCUCAAUUUCCUCAAGAAUUAGUUACUUAUGGUGGUAACGGACAAGUGUUUUCCAACUGGGCUCAGUUUUGGUUGGUGAUGAAAUACUUGAGCAAGCUGACGACCUCGCAAACCCUAGUGAUGAUGUCUGGGCAUCCCCUCGGUCUCUUCCCAUCUCCAUCGUCUGGUCCGAGGAUGGUCAUUACGAACGGAAUGAUGAUCCCUAACUACUCCACCAGAAGGAACUACGAUCGCAUGUUUGCACUUGGCGUCACCAUGUAUGGACAAAUGACUGCAGGCAGUUAUUGUUACAUAGGACCGCAGGGAAUUGUGCACGGAACUACGCUUACCCUAAUGAACGCAGGGAGAAAAUACCUGAAUCUUAACGAUAUGUCGGGAAAAAUUUACAUCAGCUCUGGAUUGGGCGGCAUGAGUGGAGCCCAAGCAAAAGCAGCAGUUAUAGCUGGGUGUGUUGGAGUCAUUGCUGAGGUCGAUUCAACUGUUCUUCAGAAGAGAUAUGACCAAGGAUGGGUCAUGGAAGUCAUUGAUAACUUAGAUCAGCUGAUUAAACGAAUCAGAGAAACCAAACAGAAAAAAAUUUCCACCAGCAUUGGCUACCUUGGUAACAUUGUAGAUGUUUGGGAAAGAAUUAAAACGGAGUACGAAAAAACAGGUGAACUCUUGGCGGAUCUGGGAUCCGAUCAAACAUCCUGUCACAAUCCAUUUGACGGUGGCUACUAUCCAGUUCAGUUGACAUUUGAAGAAUCAAAAGCUUUAAUAUCAUCUGACCCACAAAGUUUCAAAAAUUUUGUCCAAGAAAGUCUGAGAAGACAAAUAUCGGCCAUCAAUUUCUUGUCAGAUAAUGGGAUGUUUUUCUGGGACUACGGAAAUGCAUUUCUCUUAGAAUCUCAUAGAGCGGGAGCAAAUGUUGGCGCAAGGCAGGAAGGUGGACGCUUGGUGUUCCGUUACCCAUCCUAUGUACAGCACAUCAUGGGAGACAUAUUUUCGCUCGGAUUUGGACCUUUCAGGUGGAUCUGCACCUCAUGCAAUCCGAGAGAUCUUCUGACGACAGAUAACAUUGCGGCAUCUGUACUUGAAGACAUCGUGGAGGAAGGAGUUCCGCCAGUAGUGGAAGACCAGUACAGGGACAACAUGAAGUGGAUAAAAGAGGCAGCAGAUCAUCAGUUGGUGGUAGGGUCCCAAGCGAGAAUUUUAUACGCCGACUACAAAGGAAGGCUAAGAAUUGCCCUGGCACUCAACCAAGCCAUUAAGGAUGGACUUAUUGAAGCUCCAAUAGUGUUGAGUAGAGAUCACCACGACGUCAGUGGCACUGACAGUCCCUUCAGAGAAACGUCCAACAUUGCCGACGGCUCAGCAUUCUGUGCAGACAUGUCCGUCCAAAACUGUAUAGGUGAUGCAUUCCGAGGUGCAACCUGGGUAGCAUUGCAUAACGGAGGAGGAGUUGGCUGGGGUGAAGUCAUGAAUGGUGGUUUUGGACUAUUACUUGAUGGAUCAGAUGAGGCAGAGAAGAAAGCGAGGGGUAUGCUGACAUGGGAUGUUCUUAACGGAGUGGCCAGAAGGUGUUGGUCCGGAAACAGCAACGCCAUGGUUAGCAUAUCCCAAGCGAUGCAGGAUGAGCCCCGGCUGGAAGUCACUCUCCCGCACGAUAUGUUGGACGAUAAUUUGGUGGAAAGCAUUUUGCAAGCAUUGUGAUAGUUGAUUCAUGUAUUAUGAUUGUAGAUCAAAUAUUGAAGGAAUGCAUCAACGAUAGAAUAUAAUUCUAUACGUGAGACUACUAUUUUGAACAAUUAAAAUUUGAACAAUUGAAAAAAAUCGAUACCUGUUCAAGAACAGUUGUCGACUCUGUAUUUAUUUGCAAACAAGCAUCAAUUUAA